CAGAUUCUUUGUAAUAUUUUAUCUGUGCUAAACGAUUUUAGGUUAUGUGGGAAAUGUUUUCAGGCCCACAAAAAUAAAUAUAACUUAAAAGUUUAAAAGGAUAUAACUAAAUUACAAACAUGGCUCUGAUAAGAGCGGGCUUGCAACGACUAGUCAAUGUAUUCAAUGGAGGACAAGGUAUACUAUCAAGAUUUGUUACAAGCCUAUCUCCUGUUGAGUCUAAAACAGUCCCAGAAACUACAAAGGAUGUGAUAGCAGAAUGCAAUAACCUAAUUGAAAAGAAUGCCUCAAGAAAUUUUGCAAUAGUUCAUUUGUUGGGUAAACAGUGGCGUGUGACUGAUGGAGACCUUUUGGUUGUCGAAGGCUUCUGGCCUCCUAGCAUCGGAGACAAAAUCAGAUUGGAUAAAGUCUUAGUAGCUGGGACAAAAGACUUUUCCCUCAUUGGACGGCCUUUAGUGCAACCUGGAUUAGUUGAUGUGACUGCCACAGUCAUAUCAAAGGGCCUCUCCCACACAAGAACUCAUUUCAAAAAGAAGAGGAGGAAGCAAUUUAUGAGAAUCAACUUUGUUAGGUCACCUCAAACUAUUUUGAGAAUUAACUCAGUGGAGAUAGCAAAUAAGAUCAAUGAAGCGCCCAAAAAUGUUUUCUAGUUGUAUGUUUUAUGUAGAUAAUAAACAAUAGACUUAUAA